AUUUAACGUACAUUUUCCUCCCCCUCGGUUUGGUUUUUCUAUCGCGAUGUCAAUUGUGUUCGAUUGAUCCUGGUUCGGUUAUCGAAAUUAGAUUACUGUCACAAUAAAUAAUCGAUUAUUGAUUAGAAGACAAUUCUGAAAACAGAUUUCGACCAGCGGAAGAAUUGGCGGUUAUUUACUAAAAGUGAUUCAUGGGGAUCUAAGGUGUUCAGCUGAAAAUUAGUUGUCAAUCAACAUUAUGGAAUGCUGAUUGAUUGAAGUUCCUUACAAGUACUCUUCAGGUGGAAGUGAUAAUAAGGAAGACAGAUAUCAGUGUAUGUUCAAAAUUUGAUUGAAAACCAUAAAAACAUAAUCAGUGGAAAAAUCUGUAACAGUAUAGUUUGCUCCAAUCCAAAAAGACUUGAGCUCUAUUCAAGCAUAAAUAAGCGACGAACCUGAAUGUAUAUAAAGUAAUAAAGAACGAAGAAAACGCAACGAAAAAUAAAACCAUCAAAAGGGCUUAAAGAGUGCAAAUUGUGUGAAUCUGCUGCUUAUUACAGCUUCCUACAGAUUUGAAAUUAAAAAUUGAACCAAACAGGCCCUGUCAGUCAGUGAGAAGUGUAGCAGCUUAGUGGCUUAGUGAACUGAUUAUUUUGGCUUUGUUUUGGAAACAUUCCGGGCACGAAUGCUAUGAUACAUCCCCCCACGAUCAGCAGCUGGAUGGGGUGACGCAAAAGGGCGCAAAAAGAAGCGGUACAAUUAAGCGGUGGAUUGAGCUAAGCAUCGGAAGCUACCUCAUCUUUGCAGUCUUGGUCUCAAUCUGCACAACGAAGUUCUUCGCCAUCAUGUGGAAGUACAUCAUCAUCCUAUCAGUAUUUGCAGUGUACCUGCUGAAAAAUCAUCAAAUUAGUGGGCAAGUGUUCGGCUAUACGGCGGAUACGGACUACCCGGCGUACGAUCGGAUACCAUCCGGGCUAAAAUUCCGAUGCGACGGCAAAGUGCCAGGAUACUACGCGGAUCCGGAUACUCGCUGCCAAAUAUGGCACUGGUGCCUCCCUACUGGCUACAUGUUCUCCUUCCUCUGUCCCAAUGGAACCGUUUUCAAUCAAGCAUUCCGAGUUUGCGACUGGUGGACGAAUGUGGAUUGUCCUGCAUCGGAUGCGCUGUACAGCAACAACGAAGACCUCUACAAGGAUUUCGAGGGAAAUCUGAUUGUUGGAUAGCGGGGAACCUCAGCCUAACUGCAGUUGUUACCGUCUUGAUAGGUGCUGCAAACUGUUACUAAACUACAGAUUUGUACUCGUUUUAGAACCGAAGGACUACCAAUUGUGAACCAACUAAAUGCGACAGGGACUUUGUGACAAAACACUGAUCGAUGACUAACACAAGAUAAUCCACCAGUGAUCAACCCAACCCGAUGAGAGUAUGUAAGAGUGAUAAUCGUUUAGCAAAUUUUCUUCCUAUCCAGUGUGAGCUGCAGAAGCGAGGGAGAAAUAUGAGAUUUUUGUGUUUGUAGUUGAAGAAUAU